AUCAAAGUCGAAGUAGACGAGCCUUUGACCGAUUAAACCUAUUUAAAUUUUUACUCGACUGAACUCUCUGGAAAAGCAUCCCAAGCCGAAAGCUACGACCAGACGACGAUGAAGCUGUCAUCGUGGUUUCACCGCAGUGUCUCAAGGAACAGUAAAAACAAUAAAAACGCAGAACAACUGCAAUCCACCCAUUCUGACCAGAAUCAACAAAACCAAGAAGAAGAAGAAGAAGAAUUGCUUGGAGUAACCCAACAAUUAAUCGAUCAUGUCAAGUCCUUCACUUUAGAAACCUUCAAGAAUUUCCCUCUCCAAGAUAAUGAGGCAGCUAAUUCUAACAGUGAAACCCAAACUUCUUCUAAUGUACGCAAGGAUCUUUCUGAUUGGCAAGAGCGGCAUGCUGUCUUAGUCCUUUCGAAAGUGAAGGAACUUUCACAGCUUAGAUUUAAGCUAUGCCCUCGCCACUUGAAGGAGGACAAAUUUUGGAGGAUAUAUUUCAUGCUUGUCAAGAGCCAUGUGGCUGAUUAUGAGCUUCAUGCUUUGCAACGUGCUAAACUUAAAAAGAUUGCUGUGACGACUGAGAAAACAUCAGAUUUUGGUGCAUAUGAAGUUGAAAUGGCAGAAAGAAAUCAAGCAGCCAGUCUUGCACCAUCAACUCCAUGAUUCCAAUUUGCCUUCCUGGUUCCUGUAGAGGAAGAGCAGGUAUCAGUCCAUUUAGCAGGAAAAAUAGCAUUGUCGAGUAUGCUUAUUUCCAGUGGUAAAAUGAUCAUCUUUGCUGUCAUCUUGAGAGGUGAACUUGCAUUGGACUACAACUGAAGUAAAUUUAAUGGAGAUCAUGGAAUGUACAACAAUUACAUUUGUAUGUUGAAGGAAUCUGAUGAUUCGCUCUGUACAGAGAAAGGGGUGCUAGACACCUUUUUUU